AGUUCCAUUUUCAUGUGAAAACUAAGACGAGUGAAAUCUUGUUCGAACUUCGUUGUUGUCCGACUUUUAAAGUGGUACUAGAUCUAUAAUAAAGUGUAAAUACAGACAGUACACCAUCGGAAAUGGCUUCAAACAUUAUGAGGGCUUUGCCCAGAAAGCUGGUAACACGGAGUUGCAGCUGUCGUCAGUUUUCAACGGUGAAGGGACUUAAUGAUGUAGUAAUUGUGAGUUCAGUGAGGACUCCUAUUGGUUCGUUUAGGGGUUCCUUAGCCUCUCUACCGGCCCAUAGAAUGGGUAGCAUGGUCAUCCAGGCAGCUAUCGAAAAAGCAGGUAUAACUCCUGAAGAUGUGAAUGAGGUGUACAUGGGCAACGUCCUUCAGGCAGGUCAAGGUCAAGCCCCAACAAGACAAGCAGCUUUAGGAGCAGGUCUUCCUCUUGGCACACCCUGUACCACAGUCAACAAGGUCUGUGCAUCGGGCAUGAAGAGUAUUAUGAUGGCAGCACAAAGUCUUAUGUGUGGACAUCAGGAUGUAAUGGUUGCUGGUGGGAUGGAGAGCAUGUCUAACGUUCCUCUGCUCAUGGCUAGAGGUGAUCCUGGCUAUGGAGGGGCCAAACUAGAGGAUGCCAUUGUAGGUGAUGGACUCACAGAUGCAUACAACAAGUUUCACAUGGGGAACUGUGGAGAGGAUACGGCAAGGAAACUUGGCUUUUCCAGAGAAGAACAAGAUGACUUUGCUAUCAGCUCCUACCAGAAGAGCCAAGCAGCAGGGGCAAAUAAAGUUUUUGACAAGGAAAUUAUCCCUGUUGGUGUCCCACAGAAAAGAGGAAAACCAGAUGUUGUUGUAUCAGAAGAUGAAGAAUACAGCAAGGUCAACUUUGACAAAGUCCGCAGUCUGAAGGCAGCCUUUGAGAAAGAUGGUACUGUAACAGCAGCCAAUGCAAGCACACUGAAUGAUGGAGCAGCUGCCAUGGUUCUUAUGACUGCUCAGGCAGCAGUGAAGCUAAAGGUCAAACCACUGGCUAGGAUAGUAGGGUUUGCUGAUGCAGCUGUGGCUCCCAUUGAGUUUCCGAUUGCUCCUGCCUAUGCCAUGCCAAAGGUUCUAGAACAAACUGGAGUGAAGAAGGAGGACAUUGCCAUGUUUGAAAUCAACGAGGCCUUCAGCGUCGUCGCCCUUGCCAACAUGAAGCUCCUUGACCUUGACCCUACAAAGGUCAACAUCAAUGGGGGUGCUGUCAGUAUUGGUCAUCCUAUCGGGAUGUCUGGAGCACGUAUCACAGGCCACAUGGUCCAUAACCUCAAACCAGGAGAGAAGGGAUUGGCCGGUAUCUGUAACGGAGGGGGCGGAGCUUCUGCUAUCCUCAUCGAGAGAUUAUAAUCCUUGUAUGAUCCUUCAUUAUAGAAGAAUUUUCACAUUGGUUACGUCUUAAGGAGAGAGGAUUUCAAUGAAAUUGGAAAGAUGUCAAUUUAAGGAGAGUGAGAAAAAUUAUGGAGGAAAAAUGCAUAUUGCAUUAAUGUGACUUGUAUAUUUUUUUCUGUGGUUGAUGUUUGUCAUUUGAGUAUCAUGCUUGGGUUAAAAAUACAUCAUAUUGGUGAAUGGCUAAGCUUCAUACUUGCAUUUAUGAUAUUUUUGCUGAAAAGUGCAUGUGAUGUGUGGUUAGCAGAGAGGCAAAGACCCCUUGAUAUGUAUAUACAGAUUUCUUUUAUUGACUGAUACCCAUGAAGAUUGAUGUGCUCGUGACUAUUUGACAGUUUAGAUAUUGAGAAUGUCUGAAUGGAUAACUCUAUAUGAAGAAAGAGACUUUGUAUUUUCUCAAAGAGAAUGUAAUUAUUAAAUAAAAUUUAUUUCUCUAUAAAUGUUUUCCUUUCUCAUUUUACUUUCUGAACGAAACAGCAGUCAUUCAUAUGAUGAAUUGAUUUAAUUAUUUAUGUUUUUGAUAUUAUUUCAACAAGUUAGCCACGCCAGUAAUUAGAAUAUUGUGAAUAAUCACGACCCUUUUGAAGUAGUACCAACAAUUUUUUUUCUUCAAAUUUUAUGAUCAUUUGGAAUAAGAUGAGAUAGAGACAUGGAAGUUACAUGCAGUUUGAAAUUGUUGGUAUUCAUAUUGUAGAAUGGAAAAGGGUGUUCACUAAUGACCCCGUCGCUCUGUGUUUGGAAUUUGUUGGUGUUCUAUCUUGGUGAAAUGUCACUUUGAAUCAUGCUCAAAACUGACCUAUACGUACAAAAAAUAAAAUCCAUCCAUGUUGGCUGUAUUGUAACAGUUGGGGGCCUUUGAAUGUGUUUUGACAGAAAUAUGGCACCAAAGAUAUGCUAUGAAUCAUCGAUAUCAUCAUCAUCAUGAGGUUUAUCAGUUCAUAGACUGUAAAACUCUCGUUUCUUUUUUUUAUGUUUCUAUUCACAUCUUGUUUUAAUGAAAAAGUGAUGAUCACUUUAAUACAGAUGCUGAAAUGCUGUUGCGUUGAUGUGAAUAUUAUCUUUGGUUUUUUCUGCUUGUGUGGAUGUAUGCCUUUCUUUUCUUUUCUGAUUUGUGCUGAAACGUGUAUUUUUGAAGAAGUGCUUUAAUUGUACUAAGGCUGUGCUUUAUGAAGUAAAACACCCUUCAAAUAGUGUGCUUAAUUUGUGUGUUAGUACACUUUUAUUUUUUGCUGGCCACUCUACAAGUUGAUUAGGGCAUUUAUGUGUAGGCCCAAGUUAUGCCAAUUCAUGAAAACCAGCAACGAUGAUGCAGUUGAUUUUCAAAAGGUCAAAGAUCAUUGGCAGCCUUUAUUCAUCUAUUUAUUUAUUCAUGUGAUAUUCUUUCAAAAGGUUAGCCCCAUCAGCAUUUGAGAUACUUGUAUACACCCUGCAUUAUGCUUUUCUAUUUGCAAGUCUCUGUAUUUGUCGAAAACAAAACAACUUAACACUUUAAAAUAGAAUGUUUUCUAAGAGGUUUCUUAGAACCACAAUAUUCAGAUUUCAUUUUUUGACUUUGAAAGUAUUCAGUAGGCACCAAACCUGAAAUACAAUAUUGUGUAGCAUAAUUAGAAUUAAGUAGCAAGUGCAUUGAGCAAUUGUCAAGUGUUAACAAACAUUGUUAAACAAUGUAGUUAUUGUAUACUGUAUGUAUACAAAUCUGGCACAUUUCAAACAUAGUAGGUUCACUAGUGCCCAUGCACAAGUCUUAAAAAAAUACAAUUGUGAUGACAUGUAAUCCCACUAAUGGGAUCUGACCCUGUAGAUCCCCCAAUUACUUUAUUUUGGCAAAGACGCCAAACCACUGUACUGUUUAAAUGUGGUUCAUGUCGUGACCAAAUGAUGUGAAGUACAAGUAUUGCAAUAAGUGAUGGAUUCAAAUAUAUUAUAUUUUAUGAUCACACAAAGAA